AUGUCAUUAUGGGCGGUUCUCCUCCCUGCGGAAAUUUUGUUCGCUCUGUCAAGGAUUACCACCGGCAAGUCGCGACUUCACAAAGGGAUUCAUAUCCCCCACAACGACCCUCUUCUUGUCGUUCUUGGAAUUGGGGAGUACGACGUCACCAAAGUACUUAUUGAUACGGGGAGCUCCGUCGAUCUCAUCUUCCGAGGAACGCUGCAAAAGAUGGGAGUGGACCUCGACGACAUUAAAGCGUCCUCCAGAACGUUAACUGGCUUCAAUGGAUCUUCUGAAACAAUACUGGGGACAAUCCGCCUUCCGGUGCGCGCAUGCGGAGUUACUCGAACGGUCAAGUUCGCCGUUGUAAGCAAGAAGGCACCUUAUCACGCCAUACUUGGAAACGCCUGGAUACACUCGAUUCAAGCAAUCCCAUCGACUUAUCACCAGUGUAUCAAGUUUCCCGGUACGGACGGCAUGAUCAAAACUUUGCGAGGGGAUCAGAAGGCCGCUAGAGAAUUACUGAUCGCCACCGUCAAGCUCCAGCGUUCUUCUCUACCGGUUAACUCUGUCUCUCCUCCGAUCUCAAAAGUCUGCCCCAAGAAAGAUGAAGUUCUCGAGAUGCCUAUUGACGAGAUUGAUCCUAGCCGGACCGCACGAAUCGGCGCAUAUCUAUCUGAGGAUAUGCAGCAGUCAAUUCUCGACUUCCUCAAGAAGAAUGUGUCUACGUUCGCAUGGUCCAUGGCAGACAUGAAAGGGAUUGAUCCAGCUAUAACGACUCAUGAGCUUAAUGUCGACCCAACCUUCAAGCCCAUUCGACAAAAGAGGCGAAAGCUUGGGCCCGACAGGUCAAAAGCUGUGAACGAAGAGGUCGAACGGCUACUCGGUGCCGGCUCAAUCGCUGAGGACAGCUAUCCUCUCCCAAAUAUCGACCGCCUAGUCGAGUCUACAGCUGGGAACGAGAUGCUCACGUUCAUGGACGCCUUCUCCGGGUACAACCAGAUCAUGAUGCACCCUGACGAUCGUGAGAAAACGGCCUUUAUCACAGACAGGGGAACCUACUGCUAUAAGGUCAUGCCAUUCGGCCUAAAGAACACAGGAGCGACUUACCAACGGCUUGUGAACAAAAUGUUCGCCAGAUAA